AAGAGGUUAUGUGGGAAGUACCGCACAAACCCCCAGAUGCCCAAUACCGUAUGUUCUCCCAACUCCCGAUUCCAACUCAGAAGACGAAGAAGAUAGACCUGUUUUUUCCUUUUUCUUCUUGUUCUUGUUCUUGUUCUUGUUCUUCUUCUUCUUACUUGGACCCUUCAAAACUAGCCAAAACCAAAACAAGAAAUCUGCUUAUAAUUGAAUUAGAAUUUGAAACAUGCACGCCAUUUCUUUCUCUAAGCUCUCAAGCAUUGAUAUUUUCUCCUCCACAACCUCCUUAACUCCUCAAAACUGUCCUAAAUUUCCCACUCCUUUUCCUUCCCUUUUGUCAAAUUUCCCUUCUUGGUCUCACCCUCUUAGUCUCUCCGCAAGGAAAUCCUGUAUCUCGGUUUCCUCCAAGUCUUCCGAGGCAGAGGAGCUCUCGCCGCCGGAAGACGAGUGGCUGCAGAAGCUUCCCGACAAGAAGAAGCCUCUUUACUCUCACAGCCUCCCUUGCAUUGAGGCUUGGCUGGGGAGUUUGGGGUUUUAUCAGAGCAAAGACGACAGGGCCGUUUGGUUGGUUGAGAAGCCCGAUUGGCACGCCCAGCUCUCACUCGAUGUCACCGACCUCUAUAUAAGGUACCUAAAAAGUGGACCUGGUAAUCUUGAGAAGGAUGUGGAGAGGAGGUUCAGUUAUGCGCUAAGCAGAGAGGACAUUGAAAACGCUGUGCUUGGAGGACCAUAAGGGACAAAAGGGUCGAAAUUUUAAUUCUUUGGUCUGCUUUGCUAAGUUUGUCAAGCUGCUUGAGAGAUCAGAGAUCCUGAUUGACUAACAAUUGUUUGAUGAACUCGGUUGCAAUGUGAAUAGAUAAAUUUUUGAUCCCUUCAAUGCCGACUGAUGAUAUAACUUGAAGUUCUGGAUUUAGGUCUAUUCAUGUAAUAUUUAUAUCUUUAAUUAUGCUGUCAUAAUUAAUCAUUUA